GGCACGGAACGAACGAUUCCCUCGAGCGUCGUCGGUCCUUGCCACCUUCGGCUGCGGGUGCCCAUGGCCUGGCUCACGACGCUCAUGGCGGCGCACGCGAGUGGGAACGAGCUCUGGGACACCACUGGCAGGAUCACCACGUCCAUGACGAGCAACAAGUGUCGCGAUGGCCGCUGCACCUUCCAUUUUACUACGCCCGACCCGGAGGGGAACAGCCAGCGGCGGUUACUGGGUGCGGAAGGGAACACAAUCAAGAGCAAAAUCAUUGCGUCCAUGUCCGGGCUGCACCGCCCUCACGCCAGUGGCAGCUGGUUGUCAGAAGCCGUGGAGGAUGCUGAAGGCAUCUGA